ACAUGUUGAGCGCACGUCCACGCACGCCGGCACAUGCUGUGAUGGUUUGUCUUGGGUUAUGUGUUAUGUGUGCGUGCUUUGUGCAUUUGACAUGCUGAGUAUGUGGCGACCGAGUUUCUAGACUACCACACGUACUAAGUGAUCAGGGUAGGAAAAACAUGUUAGUAAGGAAACUGGGAAGAGUUGUGUGCGGCAUGUCUGGCGGUGUGGAUAGCAGUGUUGCUGCCUACCUGCUGAAAAAGAAAGGGUACGAUGUUGUUGGUGUCUUCAUGCGCAACUGGGACAGUCGUGAUGCUGGCGAACGUUGUGUUCUCGAUGCAGAAGAGAGCGAUGCACAGUUUGUGUGUGAUCACCUGAAAAUACCAAUGAAGACAGUGGACUUUGUCAAGACAUACUGGCACAGUGUGUUCAGCACCAUGCUGGACGAAUACCAGAUGGGGUGGACACCCAACCCGGACAUGUUGUGCAACCGAGCCGUCAAGUUUGGUGUCUUUCAUGAGUAUGCCACGAGGAGGCUGGGUGCCGACUUGGUUGCCACUGGUCACUACGCUCGUCUGCAUCCGCUGCCUGAUGGGCGUGUGCGGCUGAUGCAGGGCGUAGAUGCUGUGAAGGACCAGAGCUUCUUCUUGGCUCAGGUCAAGCAGGAGGCACUACAGCGAAGCCUGUUCCCCUUGGGUGACCUUGAGAAGGCUACAGUCAAGCAGAUUGCGGAGAACAUAGGGCUACACAAGAUUGCAACCAAGAAGGAGAGCAUGGGUCUCUGCUUCAUUGGGAAGCGUGAUUUCCGGGCUUUUGUGGAGCAGUACUUGGAGCCAAGGCCCGGAAGCUUUGUUGACAUGGAGACCGGCAAGGUUGUUGGGACGCACACCGGUGUCCACUCCUGGACAGUAGGUCAGCGCUGCAACAUAGGCGGCUGCCCUGUGGCCUACUACGUGGCACGGCUCUGCCAUCGUACCCAGCGCAUCAGUGUAGUCCCUGGCCAGCACCACCCAGCCCUAUACUGGCGCACUUUGUACACGGACAAGCCUCAUUGGAUCUGCCGGAAGCCGCCUUUGCAGGUGACAGGUGACGCGGCACCCACCCUACGGUGCUUGUUCAGGACACAGCACAGGAACAGCCUAGCCUGGUGUGUGGCAGUUCUAAAUGGAGACACCAAGGCAGCCACAGGGGCUGCAGAGUGGCCGCACAUUGGUGGACUCAAGGUCACUCUGGAUGACCAUCACAGGGCCAUUGCCAUUGGACAGUUUAUAGUGUUGUACGGCGAGGAUGGAGAGUGCUAUGGAAGUGCCAAGAUUCUUGGUCUUGGCCCAAGCCAUUACGAUGAACAGAAGCAGGCAGUGGAACCCUGUCCUCCACAUCGAGCCAGCGCUGCCGAAAGCUAAUGUACCAUUUUGUUUCUGAUGCACUUGACACUGUUUUUCCUGUGGCCCCCACAUUCACCAAGGCAGCCGGCGAGCAUGCGACACAGGGCUGGUAAAUUAGUAGGGGAAGUUGCAAACUUAGGUAAUUAUAAGUAUUCUUAAUGCUUUCCCUACCAUAGGGAAAACAAUUGUUUUUAGUGCCCAUUCCUGCUUUGAACGUCAAGGCGCCUCGUACAUCGACAUAACCAAGUGAACUGGCACAGCAACAGACAUCUCACGUGCCGUGUCACCUGCGCAUCAGCCAGAAAGG